GAAACAUUUCCAUCACGCCAUUUUGUUUUCACAACACUUACGCCCAACAGCCAACAUCGCUGCAUCAAAAUCUCGACAUUCAACAUUACUACUGCACUACCUUCAUACAAGUCAUCAAAAAUCUGUUGGAAGAAUAUUGAUUAGCCACCAUGCAUGUUCGCGACUGGAACCUCGACGCCAUCAGGGAGGCUGCGCAGGCUUCAUUUCCAGCGAAAUUCGGGUUGGUAGAAUCUUACCGCCAUGGAUUGAGCUUCCAUUCUCUCCCGCCACAUGUCCGCCGCGAACCCUCCUUGGGUGUACUCAGAGGAAUGUUCAUCGGAACAGUUUCAAACGGGUAUGAGCCACUCUACGCAACCUUGUCCGACCCACCAACGAUUGCACCACCUCCUCUGGUUCUUAUGGCAGGAAAUGAAUACCGGGAGAUACAACCCUCCGAUGUUGAGACUUGGGGCUUUAUAGACCCCUUCUCAUUCGUCGUGGACACCUACAGAGACGAAUGCACUAACGGCCACUCUGAACUUUACUCAACUGGGCCUUACCGUCUCACUGGAAAAGCCCGCACAAUCCUCAACGCUCUUGUCAUCUUCUACUUUGUAGCCGAAGGUCAUCUCCCAGGAUUCAGGGAAAUUCAAGAAAGUGAAGAAAAGAACUGGAAGAAUGAUUUCUGGAAGGCUUGUGAUGCUGUAGUAUACGGCCUUGAGCAGGAGGAGGAGCAGGAAGAGGAAGAGGAGGAGGAGGAGGAGGAGGAGGAGGAGGAGGAGGAGGAGAUGGAGCAGGAUAAUCCCAGCACCAACGAUGAUAAUUUCAACAACGUUCUAGUCGAAAUGCAUUCCAACGGCCUUCCGUAGAUGGGCAUGAGUUAAAAUUGUCGAGGGAUGUUGAGUUUAUCAUGGGUACUAGUCCGCAGACACAGCCGACAGAAAGCAUGAGGAAGGUUUACACUUUGGUAUCGGGAGAGGGGGAUAUGACUAGAACGUACUAAGAUACUCGAGACUACAACGUUAUCGAUUAUUUUUAUAGAGGCAAUGACAGUUUGGUCUUGUUUCUCUUGG